GAAGGAAGUGCGCAACGAAACAUCCUUUUGUCCAGCUCCUCAACUUGCUAUCGACCCCUUCCCCCUUUGCACUGCAACAAACCUUCUCCUUAGGAAUAAUAGCCAUCAAGCAAGCAACAAUACCAGGACAGAAAACACAAGUUUUUUCAGAAAUCCCACCAAACUCCAAACAUGUCCUCACUGAUAAAGCAACAAAAGAUGAUGUCCGACCCUACAGACGCAGAGUCGCAACCCCUCAACGCCGCCGCCUGCUAUGCAGACAGUAUCAACAGCGAGGAGGAAGACCUUCCAAUGCUCAACGAUAACUCUCGGCCGUCGAGAGGCAAGAGAGAUCAUCUCCUCCGCACACCACUCCUCAUCGUGGGCGUUCUCCUCUGCACCGGCAUCCUGGGUGCCUGUGUGGGUGCGUUUGUGCGUGGCCGAUUUGCUGACUGGGACGCUGGCUGUGCCGAGUAUACGGCGAAACACUCGCCUGUGAUUCAGGACGUGGAUGUGAAAUACGAUACACAGCUAUUCAACGGGUCCCUCAUGAAAGAGGACAUCUACCGGCAAGGAGCCGGUCCCGAGGUGGAUGCCGCGUGGGAAGCUCUCGGAGUAGACUACCGAGCCGCUAUCAUAUCUGAUGAGGAGGGUCGCAUGAGUGGCCUGACCUCCGCGCAUGUGCAGAGGGCCGAGAAGUAUGGCGGUGGCUUCUUUGUCAACGUCGAGGGAUUACACCAUCUCCACUGUCUUAACCUCCUGCGAAAGUCGCUCUAUUACAAUUAUGACCACUAUAAGGCCAUGGGAAUGCAUGCGUUUGCAAAUGAAGACUAUAUCCUACGGCUUCACGUGUCACACUGCCUCGACACAAUACGUCAAGUAUUGAUGUGCAAUGUCGACACGGGCAUGCUAGGCCAGGUGUGGUAUGACCAGCAAGAUGCCAAGGCGUUUCCGGACUUCAACACGGAGCACACGUGUAAGAACUAUGAUGAGAUCAGGGCGUGGGCUGAGGAGAGACAGGCUCCACCUGCCGAGGAACUACCUUUAGAUUAUAUGAGGACACCGGAAGGCGUGCUGCCCGAGAUCCCUUGAUAACUCCUUUCCGUCUUUGAUUGAGAGAAUGCAAUACAGGGAAGAAGAGCGUUCAUGACAUUGCUUGGCUGUGUCAUGAUCAAUAGAGGACAGGCAGUUCAGCGCCUUCAGCAAUAUUUUGAAGUCUCGGAAUAAUUCAAGCUGCCUUUCAGAUUUUACGUGGCUGAGCAAGGAAUUCAUAUGCAAUUCAAAAAUGAAGCAUCUAUCC